AGGGAUGCAGAACAUGAAGGUGAUGAAGAAAUGGAAGAUGGAGAUGGAGAAGGACAAGAACAGGAUGGCGAUUCACAAGAGUAGUACAGACACGGGCACGGAUACGGACACGGACGACGAACAGGAUGCUGCCAACGCACCGGGCAACAUUACUAGAUGGAGGCUUGUCAGCGAAUUACCUAGCACGCUUAAAACGUUGGUGAUUCAUGUGCCUGCGGAAGAGCGGAACUAUCGCUGCCUUGAGGUCAUGCUGGAAGGGUUUGACGAGGAAAAGGCAUUGAAUUUGCCGUUGCUCGAGACGGUAGAGCUUUACGUACGGACCACUAGCUGCUGGAACGGGCUGCUGGUGAAUUAUGAAUUAUCUCUGGCCAAGCUUCAGGCACUCUUUGCGAGUAUGAAAACUAGAGUCGCCGUUCUGGAGGAAAGGGGCCGAAGCAGUUGA